AUGCUCGCCGCCGAGUCAGCUCCCUCCUCUUUGGAUUUUGAGCGCCAGUCCUCUCCCUCGAUAGCUGCCUCGUCGCUUGCAGAAAACGAGGAUGAGAGUCAAGCUCUUGAAUGGCAUGCUGUCGCUUCAUGGACUUGGGAUGCCCAGGAUGAAACGUGUGGAAUUUGUAGGAUGGCCUUCGAUGGCUGUUGCCCUGACUGUAAACUCCCUGGGGAUGAUUGUCCACUGAUAUGGGGUGCAUGCAAUCAUGCUUUCCAUCUUCACUGCAUCUUGAAGUGGGUGAACUCACAGACUUCUCAGGCACAUUGCCCCAUGUGUCGGAGGGAAUGGCAAUUUAAAGAAUGACAUGUCAAAACUCACAAAUCCUCCCAUCUUUAUUGCAUCUUGAAAUGGGUGAAGACACAGACAUCGCGCCCCAUGAGUUACGAAGAACAGCAAUUUAUGGAAUUACAAGCCAAAGUGUAUGAAAUCCUCCAACUCUUCCUCCUUUGAGCUUGAGUGUUUUUUAAUUCAGCGAAAGGUAUGUGCAGCUGAUUUGUGAAGAAUGAUGUCACUUUGGAUAAAUGUUAAUGUGAAUGGCCAACAUUACUUGGUGUUUGGCCCUACCCACUAUGUGAAUGGCCUUAUUGUCAUGAAUGUCUGAUUUAUAAGUGUGGCAAUGUAAUCUUUAUAUAUGCAUGAAUUCAAGGGAUUAUCAUGAUA